AUGGCCGACGCUUACCCCAGACGCCGCAUCAGGUUUUUACGGCUCUCAGCUCCGCCCUUGGCCCCGCCCCUCACCCCCCAGCCAAUCCGAGAACCCCAGCAACCCCCACGUCCAAUGCGGAGCCUCCCGGCCCGAGCCCCGCCCCGCCGCCUCCACCUGCAGCAGCGGCGUGUGGACGCGUUCCGCGGCUGGGUGCUGGAAGGGACAGCGGCCCGGGUGCCUGUCCCGGGGCCAAGCGUGUACCUGGCCAGGGCCCGCUCCCGAGAUCGCCCUAUCCGGAGGCGGCACCUUCUUCAUGGCCGAGACUUAGCCCAUUUCUCCCUUAGUCCUCUGCCUCCCGAGCCCACCAUCCUCUUCAACCCGGGCGGCCGAUUGCCGUUGCUGUGGGCUUUGGCUCCACCUAGUGGCGCAAUGUUUAACGUCCGAGGCCCAGGCAGGCUGGCGAAAGCGGCGGCAGGUAUGCGGGCGGAUACCUGGAUACACCGCAGUGACCUUGAACUAGCCUCGGUGGGGCAGUUCAGUGCGCAGAACACAGACGGCACGGAAGCUCACGAGAGUGAGAAGGGCCAAUGCCGGCUGACCCAGCGCCACGGCCUCUCCCUCGGAGGCUUUCAGAAGCUUAUCUGCUCUCCUCUUGAAGUUUGGCCCUCUCCUGGUCCUCGCCAGCCUCUACGCCUAGAAGCAAACACCGUGGUGAAGGCCGGGGAUAAGAGCGGCAGCUGAGGAAAGAAAGGCCUGGAACGGAAGGUGACCGCCGAAGAACCUCAGGAGGCUGCAGUCGCUGAGGAUGGAGCCACGGAAAGCAGAGUCCAACCCCCAAAAGCGGCCGCCUUUCCCCUGGGCUUCAGCAUUUUGGAAAUUAAGAAUAAACAACGGCGACACUUAAUGUCCAAGCGGUGGAAACAGCAGCAGCGUGAGAAAAAGUUGGCAAUUAAGAAAAAACUUAGGAGAGAGGCUCUUGGUGAUAAGGCUCCACCAAAGCCUAUUCCAAAGACCAUCGACAACCAGAGGGUAUAUGAUGAAACUGCAGUAGACCCUAAUGAUGAAGAGGUUGCUUAUGAUGAAGCUACAGAUGAGUUUGCUUCUUACUUCAACACUUCUCCUAAGAUUCUCAUCACAACAUCAGAUAGAGCUCCUGGCAGAACAGUACGACUCUGUGAACAGCUUCCACAGUUAACACCAAACUCACAUGUUUAUUACAGAAGAGGACUGGCUCUGAAAAAAAUUAUUCCACAGCGCAUUUCAAGAGAUUUCACAGAUCUGAUCAUUAUUAAUGAAGAUCGUAAAACACCAAGCGGAUUAAUUCUAAGUCACUUGCCCAAUGACCCAACUGCUCAUUUAAAAAUGACCAGUGUUUGUUUGUGUAAAGAAAUUAAGAGAAGAGGCAAGGACCCUAUAGAACACAUACCGGAAAUAAUUUUGAAUAACUUUACAACGAGACUGAGUCAUUCUGUUGGACGUAUGUUUGCAUCUCUCUUUCCCCAUAAUCCUCAGUUUAUUGGGAGGCAAAUUGCCACAUUCCACGAUCAACGGGACUACAUCUUCCUCAGAUUUCAUAGGUAUAUAUUCAAGAGUGAAAAGAAAGUGGGAAUUCAGGAACUUGGACCACGUUUUACCUUAAAAUUAAGAUCUCUUCAGAAAGGAAACUUUGAUUCUAAAUAUGGAGAAUAUGAAUGGGUCUAUAAGCCCCGGGAAAUGGACACAAGUAGAAGAAAAUUCCAUUUAUAAAAUACUGAAGGAAUAGUAUUGAAUUGUGCUAAACAGUCCU